AUGGCUUCUCAGGACGCCAAGCUCAUCCUCUAUACCAACCACCGCUGCCCAUGGGCACACCGCGCGCACAUUGCGCUCGAGGAGCUCAGGCUGCCGUUUGAGGAGGUCAUCAUCGACUUGGACACGCCCCGCACGCCCGAGUACCUGAAGAUCAACCCGCGCGGCCUGGUUCCGGCCCUGUCGUACAAUGGCGAGAUCAUCAUCGAGUCGGGCAUUGUUGCGGCAUUCUUGGCCGACGCCUUCCCGUCGCACCUUGUGCCCGCCUCCGACGCCCCGGGCGGUGCGCUUCGCCGCGCUCGCAUCGCUCUGUUUGUCGAUGCGUACUUCUCCAAGUUCCAGAGCUCCCUCUUCAAGCUCGGCGCGGCCAAGACCGAAGCCGAGGCCAGCGCUGUCGUCGACGCGGCCGUGGCGAACCUUGUCAAGGAGGUCGAGCCGCUGCUUGCCGACACGAAGCCAUACUUUGGCGGGAGCGAUAAGCUCACGCUGGCCGAGGUGCUCUCGGGGUCAUUCGUCCUCCGGCUUCUGUCGUCAGCCAAGGCCGGCAUCUACCCCCCGAGCCUGAUCAACCAGAUCCAGGAGAAGGCGCCCAACUUCUACAAUUGGGCCCAGGCCGUGUCUUUGCACCCAAGCGUCACCUCCAUCUACGACGAGGAGGACGUCAUCACCCACACCAAGAAGAGAAUCGAGAAACUCAAGGCAGCGGCCGCUUGA